AUGAAGACCUACGCCCUCGAUGUGCCACUGGCACGGGACCCGGUGAUCACAGUCACCGUGUUUGGGGUCGUCGCUACGUUGACAACAAUCAUGCGGUUCAUCUCCCUGCGGAUGCGACAAGUCAAGCCUGGGGCUCCAGAGUUCAUGAUCGUGGGCGCCUUGACGAUAGUUUACAUCUUUAUCGCCAUUCAAUACAUCCUGUCCAUCGCCGGCGGCUGUGGCAGACAUGCUGGGACAGUUGACCCGUUGUCGGUUAUUGUCACGCUCAAGACAAUCCUCCCCCUCGAGGCCUUGUACGGAAUCGUCAUGUCGCUCGUUAAAAGCUCGAUCAUGCUCUUUUACUACAACAUCUUCGGCACCAAGCAGUCCUUCAAGAUCAGCGUCAUGAUCGUCAUGACCAUUGUCUGGCUGUGGGCCAUCAGCGUUGUCCUUGAAACUCUUCUGCUCUGCCGGCCACUCGCGUUCAACUGGGACACCAAACUUGAUGGGAAAUGCGGCGCACGGAAUGCAACCUAUGUCGUGGCUGGAACGCUGAACCUGGUUACGGAUCUGAUGGUCAUGGUCUUGCCGCUUCCUCAUCUCUGGAAGCUGAAGCUCAAUAUGGCUAAGAAGCUGGCGCUGACUUCGGUUUUCUGCAUGGGUCUCCUGGUGUCCAUCAUCAGCAUCGUCCGGCUGUCUGCGUUAAUGGCUAUUGACUUCGACGACGUCACCUACUCCCUGCCGAUGGGCGUGCUCUGGACAGUGCUUGAGCCCGAGCUCGCCAUCAUCUGUGCGAAUAUGCCGGUCUUGAAACCAAUUCUCUCGCGCAUGUUGCCCAGAUUCUUCAGCUCCACGCGCCAGAAGAGCUAUGGGGUCUCUGAUCCGCAAGCAUUUGAGCGACUUGACGAACGAGGAUACUCUCUUGGCCAGGUCAGCCGUGAUCAGCUGGUACCGACUUCCACCGGAGGUGCCCGAUUCAAGGGGAGCUAUGCCACAACAACGUUGCAAAGUAUAGACGAGGAGUCUCGAGACUCGGACCAGCAGCGUCUGAGAGAACAUGCACAAGAGCCUUCGGGGAUUAAUGUUGUGCAGAACUUUGACGUGCAGUAUUAUACCCACAAGUAG